UGGGAAAGUUGUCGGUGGUAAAUGUGCCACGUCUGCUAGGAAUGGGGCGUCAUGAACUUGCCAGAAGCCGUUGCCCUUAAGCCUUCAACUGCAUUCUCAAUUCUGUGAGGGAGGCCCUUUCUCUGUUUUUGUAGGAACUUCUUUCCUGCUCCAGCACCAUGAGGCUUUUCCUGUGGAACGCGGUCCUGACGUUGUUAGUCACUUCUUUGAUUGGGGCUCUGAUCCCAGGGCCAGAAGUGAAAAUUGAAGUGCUCCAGAAGCCGUUCAUCUGCCAUCGCAAGACCAAAGGAGGGGAUUUGAUGUUGGUGCACUAUGAAGGCUACUUAGAAAAAGACGGCUCCUUAUUUCACUCCACUCACAAACAUAACAAUGGUCAACCCAUUUGGUUCACCCUGGGCAUCCUGGAGGCUCUCAAAGGUUGGGACCAGGGCUUAAAGGGAAUGUGUGUAGGAGAGAAGAGAAAGCUCGUCAUUCCUCCUGCCCUGGGCUAUGGCAAAGAAGGAAAAGGUAAAAUUCCCCCAGAAAGUACAUUGAUAUUCAACAUUGAUCUCCUGGAGAUUCGAAAUGGACCAAGAUCCCAUGAAUCAUUCCAAGAAAUGGAUCUCAAUGAUGACUGGAAACUCUCUAAAGAUGAGGUUAAAGUGUAUUUAAAGAAGGAGUUUGAAAAGCAUGGUGCAGUGGUGAAUGAAAGUCAUCAUGAUGUUUUGGUGGAGGACAUUUUUGAUAAAGAAGAUGAAGACAAAGAUGGUUUUAUAUCUGCCAGAGAAUUUACAUAUAAACAUGAUGAAUUAUAGAGAUACAUCUGCUCAUUUUAUAUAGCAUCCAUUCUUAAAGAGAAGGCAAUCAACUCUAAAGAAAGUCUUAGUUUUUAAGAAUGUUCUGUUCUUACAUUGUUUUUGUUUUUUCUGAAUAUUAUUUGAAGAACCCCUCAGGGUUUCUAAGUACCCAUUUCUUUCUGGUAAGUUAUUAGGGAAAAAAAAUUAAUUUGUCUUUGAGUAGAAGACUCCGGACCAUUUUCCCCUUUUACCUAUGAAGCCUCAUGUUUUACUUGUGUAAUUUUAAAAUAUUGCAACUGUGAGCAUAUCCAACAUAAGGCCAGGUCAUAGCACAAAUUAGGACCCUUUAUUUCUGCUUCCCUCUCUUCUCUCCAAGUUAGAUACUGAUAUUUGAAAAGUCUUUUACAAUAGUCCAAGGCUUACUGUUUUCAUGUUAUAAUGAAACAGUGUGUCUGCCUUUGAUCCCUGCUUGAAGGCAACAAGAAAGUGGUUGUUGAACUGGUGAACAGUUACUGCUUUACUGAGGAGAUGUGCAAUGCUGAAGUAAGUCACAAAGUUGAUAAAUUAUAAAUAUAUAUACAUUGAAUAUUCUGCCUUGGCCUUAAGCUAUAUAUGGUUUGAUUUUUCUAGUGAAAAAUAACCUGUCAUGGGAAAUAGGACAAGUUAUUUAUGUGUUUGUUUCUUCCUAAUAAAAUGUGUCAAAGUAUUGUAGAGGAGGUAAAGAAUUGUAUUUAAUCAGUAUUUUACUUUUUAAAGCUAGCAGAUUACCACUCCUAGUUCUGUAAUGUCAAAAAUCUGUAACAGGUAUGUUACAGUACAAUAACUUUGAAUCCUAAGGGAAAUUAGUGAGCCAAGGAAAAUUUUCAUAUUUCUGCCUUGACAAAAAAUGAGGCAGAUGCACAGCAAUCACUAUUGAAGAGAGAUCUAACCUGGGUCAAAAAACUGAUAGAAUUUUAUGUUCAGUUGGCUUUUAUCCUUAAUGCUUUUUAAAAGUGCCCAAAUCUCAAUAUACUACUAAUAAUUCCUUAUAGUUUACAAAGUGUUCUCAAGUACAUCAUUGUCUUUGCUCCUUGUUCUGAAGCCCGUGAAAAAAUCUGGUGGAUCUUAAUAUGCCUGUUUUAUAGGUGUGGAAAUUAUCAUUCAAAGAGUUUGUCAUGCCCAAGGUCAAACUAAUUUGUAGAUUAACUAGAUUUUCUAUCCUCAAGUAGGCUUUCUGCUGCCCUCUACUAUUGAAAAAGUAAAUUUUUCUUUGAAUUCGUUGUGCCCAAUGCGCUCUUCAUUUGCUGUCCUAACAGUCAGUUUUGGUUUUUGUCUUUAGGUCCUCAUCCUUUGAAGAUGGUUUACUAUCUGUUUCUGGUGCUUUAUAAGUCUCUCCAUGAGCCAGGCUUUGGUUUCAUUGAAUACUCUUGGGGUUAACACUGAAUUGCCUCAAAAACCCUGUGCAGUGAGAGGGUCCAAGUGUGUGUCUUAGUCCUUUAAUUCCUGCUUACCUCUAGGUUUUUCUUUUUUCUUUUUUUAAGAAUUAUGAACAACGGUUACAUCAUCUAUAGGCUACUUUCACUGAUUGCAUAUUGACAUUUUCCUCACUAAAACAAAAUCUUGAUCUUGUGUUGUCGCUGUCAUUUUCCUAAACCUAAGAUUCUUCAAUACGGAAAGCCUUGUGCUGUGUUAUGGGGAGAAAGAAGUAGUUUGAUCUAUGGUGCUACUUCAUAGGAACAUUAUUCGUGAUACUGUUUAUGGUAGAACAAGAAAAGUAAACAAUUAUGAUGAUACAGGUAGCAUAUUUCCUUAUCUCGUGAAUUUGUAUCAAUUCCCAUCUGUAUUUAGACACAAGUAUGAAAUGAAAACAUAUAACUAGGUUAUGAUUGUUUUUAAGUUAUCUGCUUUUUUGGUUAACUGCACCUUUGUGCCUUUCCAUUUGUGGGAAUGAUCAGACAUGAACUGUGACCUCACUUUAUGUAAUUGGACUCAUUAAUACUGCUAGAUGUGUUAUAUUUAAAUCCAUAUGAUUAUGUUGUGCUAUUCUUUUAAAAAUAAAAUCUAUUUGGGAAAUAAUUGGUUUUAUGAAAAAUUUUCAAGUGCCACUUUCCUUAGUUGCUUUAUUGGUUUUCUUAACUGUUAUUGUAGAUUUUAUGUCAAAACUAAGUGAGGAAGAUGUACAGGUAGUGGGAGCAGAGGGGCAUAGUGACACUUUGAAUGUGCUUUGGAUUAUCUACUUUGUUUACAUAUAUUUGUAAGGAAAGCUGGAGUUUGGUUUAAAUUUUAAGUUUUGAAAUAGUGUUAAACCUUGAGCAUUGGGGGCUGUAGUUAAUAGUGAAUUUUUGGUACUGGCAGCAGUGGUUUUUGCUUUGUUUGCUUGCUUUAGUGGUAGUUGUCACUGUUUGGGAUUUUAUGGUAUGUCACAGGUAGACAGGAUAAUGACUAAUGCCUACUGAGUAAAUUAAUGCUGUAAAAUGCCCUAUAUAAUUAAAUGAAAGUCUGUGUUGCCAUAAAAAUUACAAGAAAAUGAUUUUUGAUUCAGAUGGGUGAUUAGCCAUUUAGAUCUUUCCUUGCAGAAAUGAAUUUGUACCUCAUCUUAUUCAUGAUACAGGAUAUUGCUUACAUCUAUAAUGAUACUUAGAUAUAAGCAUGCUAUCUCUCCCCACGGAGUUGAGUGGAUGAUGAUUUCUCAGUGUUGUUUGGAAAUUGCAAGAGGACAAAAAGGAAAUUGGAAUGUUGUGGGGGAAAAAAUACAUCUCUCAACUUUUUAUUAAAAAAGCAAAUCAUCAUUGUAAUAAUAACCUUGGGAAAAAUAACAAGGAACUUAUUUUCCAGAGAUAUAGAACUCUUAGACAUAAGACUUUUUUGUUUUGCUUUAUUUCUUACCUACUUAGUUUGAAUUGAAAUCUAAAAUGUCAAACAUAAUUAUAAAUUCAUACACCCUUUUGAAAACAUUAAAAUUACAGUACUAUCUCUUAAUGUCUGUAGCAUUCUUUUUAGUAGGAUUUGCAUAUUCCCCUUAGUAUAAUGAAAUCCAUACAUUCUUACAUGGGUUUGGAGUCUCUAUUCUGCAUUUUAACCUACUUGCUAGAUGAGUCUAACCUUUGAGAGACAAUUAACUUCACUAACUCUCUGCCCUUGAAUAUGUCUCCUGUAGUUUUCUCUUAAUGAAUAUUCUGUUUUGCAUUCUGUAAAACACUGGGCAUUGGGGCAACUAAUUGUGCCUAAAAAUCAAUAUACCAUCAAAAGGAUAAGUCGUGUGAUAACUCUUUUCCCCAGGGUUAGAAAUUUUUUAUGACUGAAUUCUUACAGCAAAAAUUUAUAUGGCCAAUAAAUAAAUUUUUUUGA